UCCGCCCCCGGCCGGCCGGACUGGCCCGGGGCGCGCUCUUUGCAUAGAGCCCUCCUCCCCAGCCGGGGUGCAGGAAGUCGCGCUCCCGCCGGCCGGGGAGGCGGGAGGCAGCCCCGCGCCUGUUGUUUUCCGCCUGCCCGAGUGGGUGACGGGCCCAGGGGGCGGGGUGCGCCCUCCCACUCACCCCCCCACCCACCCACACACCCGCCCACCCGGCACCCACCCGCCGCGGGCGCCCGGAGAGGGAGAGAGAGAGAGGGAGACCGAAAGCGCGCCCGGGGCGCGGGCACCGCUCCGGCUGCGGACGUCGGGCUGACCCCCAGCAUCCUUCUUCGUGGCGGGGGGCUUGCUGCGGAGACCGCCGCCGCUCGGCCCACCCGAGGACCCCCGCCGGGUGCCUGGCAAGCCGGGGAGCUGCGCGUGGGGAGGGGGUCCCCCAGCGCACCCCCGCCACCCCGAGCCCCGGUUUCCAACCCCUCCCCGGGGAGGGGGCACCCCUGCGCGCCCGCGGCUCAGGCGAGAUGGCCGCAGGCGGUCUGGCGCCCGCGCCCCGCUUCCUGCUGUGGCUCGGGGCGCUGCUGGCCGGCCGGGUGGCCGCAGGACUGGAGGCCGUCGUAGUCGUCGGAGAAGUUCAUGAGAACGUGACUCUGCCCUGUGGCAACAUCUCGGGCCCAAGGGGUCUGGUGACCUGGUACCGGAACGACUCGCAGCCGACCCUCCUCGUGUCCUCCGACGCCAGCCUCCCGCCUGCUGAGAAGCGCUUUUCUCUGGCCCUCGCCGGCUCCCUGCUCAUCAAGGCGUCCGCCUUGCAGGACGAGGGCAAUUACACCUGCCGGGAACUAGAUCCCCGGAACCAGACACGCUGUUUCAGCGUGGAGCUGCUCAUGGCCAGUGGCCCCGACCAGCUGGAGGUGGACAUCGCCGCCACGGGCACACUCCCCAACGGGACCCUGUAUGCCGCCAAGGGCUCGGAGGUGACCUUCAACUGCAGCAGCCGCAGCGCGUGGCCUCCGCCCAUGGUCGAGUGGUGCUUCGGGGUCCCGGGCUCCCCAGGCGAGUCCUUUGGCAGCCACCCGGCGGCCAGCAGCUUCUCGCUCAUACAGAUGCCACACAACCUCCAGGGGAACUACACUUGCGUGGCCACCAACGUGCGCAGCGGGAGACUCCGAAAGGUGACCUCCGAGCUCCUGGUCUACUCCCUGCCUCCCUCCGUCCCGCAGUGUUGGGCAGAGACGCCGCCAGGCUCGUCCGCGUUGCAGCUCACUUGUCGCUGGGAUGGGGGGUACCCAGACCCCACCUUCCUGUGGACAGAAGAGCCAGGGGGUGUGGUCGUGGGAACGUCCCGGCUGGGGGUGGAGUCGCUGAACCGGUCCCAGCUGUCCGACGGCAAGAAGUUCCAGUGUGCGGCGAGCCACAUCCUGGGACCCAAGGCGGGCGCCAGCUGUGUGGUGCAGAUCAGGAGCCCCUCCGUCCUCUCGGAGCCCAUGAAGACCUGCUUCCUUGGGGGGGACGUCACUCUCACCUGCCAGGUGUCGGGCGCUUACCCCCCUGCCAGGAUCCUGUGGCUGAGGAACCUCACGCAGCCCGCGGGGCCCGUCCAGCCCGGCAGCCGCCACCUCAUCACGCACAGCGGCCAGAGCUCCGCGCUCACCAUCCGCAACUGCUCCCAGGAGCUGGACGAGGGCUACUACGUCUGUCGGGCCGAGAACCCCAUGGGGGUUCGCGAAGUUGACAUCUGGCUGAGUGUGAAAGAGCCGUUCAACGUCGGGGGCAUCGUGGGGACGAUCGUGAGCCUUCUGCUGCUGGGGCUGGCCGUCUUCGCAGGCCUGAUGCUCUACUACAGCCCUGGGUUUUGCUGGAAAGUAGGAAACACUUUCAGGAGCCAGGACGUGGGCGACGUCAUGGUGCUGGUGGACUCGGAGGAGGAAGAGAUAGAGCAGGAGGAAGAGGGCGCCGCCGCCGAGAGGGAGGACGAGGAGGAGGGGGGCAGGGACGAGAGGGAAGAGGCGCCCAGAGAAAUCCACAAGCACUGCCGCAUCCACAGAGUGACCGCCCUGGUCAACGGGAACCUGGAGCAGAUGGCCAACGGCCUGCAGGCCCUGCAAGACGACGGCAGUGAGCAGCAGAGCGAGCCCGUGCAAGAAGACGACGGGCCCGUGUGAUGCCCCGAGGCCCUGCCCCAUCCUGUGGGUCAAGUGCUGCUUUGAUCUGAUUUGCACCCCGCUCUGAGGACUUCGGGUAGUUUGGGACUCUCAGCCGAAAGAGAAACACACACACACAGAGACACAACACACACAUACACACACAUGCACGCACACACGCAUGCACACACACACACACGGACGCAUACAUGACGCACCCCUGUUCCUUCUCAAACAUCACGGAUUUGCUCUCCUUCCCCCCAGCCACCUUCCGAAGCCUCGGGGGUCGGGCUGUGUGGGGAGAGGCGGGAUUUCGAGACCCCUCUGCGGGGACUCUGCAAGGCCCACCCUCCGGAGCCCGUGCCCACCUGGAGGGUGCGGCAGCGGGCCCCGGCGCCCUGUGCCACCGUUAGGGGUCUUGGACCACCUCGGCGUGGGGAUCGGCGUGCCCGAGAGAGGGAGGGGCCAUUUCCUCCCGAGCCCGGAGCCGAGGAGCUGGAACAGACGGCGGCGGCCUCUGGGGAAGGGGUGGUGGCCGCGCCAGUGGGAGGCAGGUGGCCCCGGGUUCGGGGCUCCCGAGAACCCACCUGGCGUCAGAGCCUGGUGCUUAUUCCUGGCGUGAGCUCUAGCCCUGGGCCUCACUUCCGGGCCGGUGAGGACAGAGGGGG